AUGCUGCACGAUGUUGUGCGUGCCCUACUCCUCGUGCGCUGCCCGGAACGGCCGCCGCUCGCUCGCUCCGGCCUGCAGGUGCAGCUCAGUGUCCUCCGCGAGACGACUGAGCCGCGAGACCUCCCGCCGGACGCACUCAUCCUUGAGGAGCCCGCUGCGGACGUGUGGCUGGACGAGACGUUCGAGUUCCAGGGCCUGGCGGAGGACGACCAGACGCCGCACGCGCUCCGCUCGCACCUCUGCUCGUUCCGCCUCCCGUCGGGCGUCGGCUGCCACGCCUUCAAGGGCGGAGGCACGCAGCUGAGCCGCUACCUGUGGCGCGGCGGGACGGAGGAGGCGCGGCGGCGCGGUGCCGGCCCGCGCACGGUGGCCGAGGACGACGCGCGCUCGCUGCGGCUCGUGGUCGACCUGCUCGAGGCUGUCAACCACCUGCACUGCCGCGGGUCGGCGCACCUCGACCUGUCGGGCGAGACGCUGCGCGUGCGCUCGACGUCGGACCAGCGCGACCGGCUCGACCUGAUCGGCCUCGGGGCGGCGGUGAGGCUGCAGCCGGUCCCGGGCCGGACCGCGUACCAGCUCGGCACGCAGGUCGCCUUCCGCGCGCCCGAGUCGCUGUCCGGUCCCUUUUUCGAGAGCAACCUGCGCGCGCUGCUGCUGAUGGACGCGUGGUCGGUGGGCGUGCUCAUCGCGAUGGUGGUCUCGUCGUCGGGCGCCUCGCCCUUCGCGGUGGAGGCGGACUGGGCGCGCGGCGAGUUCUCCGUCGAGGCGGCAACCUCUCGCGCAGUCGGCGAUGCCUUCCGCGACUUUGCGCCGUGGCUGCAGCGGCUCGACGCCGACGGAGGGGGUCUGCUCUUCCGGCACGGCUGGCUGGUGCGGCUCGUGCUCGGCCUGCUCACCGUCGACCCGUCUCGCCGGCUCACCGUCCACGAGGCGUGCCUUCUCGCCCAGAGAGCGACCGCCUCGCUCGCCAGCGCAGCCUCUUUUGGCCGGCCACCGCAGCCGGCGGCGGCGGAGGCGGACCCGCUCGCGUUUGGGGUGGCGGCCGCGCCGGCGGGCGGUGCUUCCGCCGGCGGCGCUGGCGGCGGCGCGGCGGCGGCGGGGAGCGAGCUGCGGCGCUACCGCGGGCGGGGCGGCGGGCGGCGCGGCGGAGGGGGCGGCGAGGGGCGGGAGAGCGAGCCUUACCGCUCGCUCGAGGCGAUCGUCAACAUCGCGGAGCGAGGCCGCGCGGUGGCCACCUUCGAGCGGAGGCAGUGGGAGGGGCUGCGCAACUACGGCGAGGUGAUCGGCUUCCGCAACCGCGCCGAUGGCGACCGGUGGGACGUCUUUGUGCCGGGGCUCGAGUACGAGCUGCCCCUCGACACGCCCUUCCCGCUGCAGCGCGUGCUUGGCGUCGUCCUCAUCAAGGGCGGCAACCACAAGCUCGCCAUCGCGCUGCCGCCGCCGCACGCGCCCCCCUCGCGCGAUGCGGUCGAGGCGGGCGUCCAGGACUUCCUGCGCAUCUACGCGCGCGAGCACCCCGGCCAGCAGUCGUCGCGCAUGCGCUACCUCGAGCUCGACCAGGCCGUCGCGGCGGCCGGCACGGCGGAGCGCGCCGCGCCCAAGCCGCCGCCCAGCGACAAGCCGCCGACGAGAUGA